AUGCCUUACGUCGAAAGCAAGUUUCAGAAGAAGGACAUGCAAUUCCGCUACCUUGGCGGUACCGGAUUGCAGGUCUCCGUGCUGUCCUUGGGCGGCUGGCUUACCUACGGUGGCACAGAGAAGGGAAACAUCGUCAAGGACUGUCUCGAGACCGCUUGGAGUCACGGAAUCAACUUCUUUGACACUGCCGAGGGCUACGCUGGUGGCGAGUGUGAGGUCGAGAUGGGCAACGCGCUCAAGGAGCUCGCUUGGCCCCGUGACGAAUACGUGCUGUCCACCAAGAUCUUCUUUGGCACCUCCCGAGAAGAGCCAAACACUCGCGGCCUGUCCAAGAAACAUCUCGUUGAGGGUCUGAAGAGCUCGUUGAAGCGACUUCAGACGCCGUACGUCGACGUUGUCUUUGCUCAUCGUCCCGACGUUGGCACACCGAUGAAGGAGAUUGUCGAGGGCUUCACGCAAUGUAUCAGAAACCUCAACUUGGCCUACUACUGGGGCACAAGUGAGUGGAGUGCGACCCAGAUCAUGGAAGCGACUCAGAUCGCCGAGAAGUACAACCUCAUUGCUCCCGUCGUCGAGCAGCCGCAGUACAAUGCCUUCCACCGCCAACGCUUCGAGGUUGAGUACGCUCCGCUUUACGAACAAUUCCAAUACGGUACCACCAUCUGGUCGCCCUUGGCCUCGGGGGUCUUGACUGGAAAAUACAACGAUGGCGUCCCCGAGGGCUCUCGCUUCGCCACCAACAAGGAGUUUUUCAACGACACGGUCAAGUCUCUCCAGUCCGAGGAGGGCAAGGCUAAGAUUGCCAAGGUCCGCAAGUUGACGGAGCUCGCGGAGAAGCUUGGCGGCAACGUCGGCCAACUGAGCCUUGCGUGGUGCAUCAAGAACCCCAACGUCAGCACGGUGAUCCUCGGCGCCACCAAGACGCACCAAAUCGACGACAAUGUCAAGGCGGUCAAGCUUGCGGAGAAGCUGACUCCCGAAGUGAUGGAGCAAAUCGAAGGCAUCUUGGACAACAAGCCGGCUGCACCAAGCACCUUCGGUCGCAGCAGGUGA